ACUGAAACCAUCUGAACCGCCUAUACCGGGAGGAGAGAGAAGAAAAACAUGGCGAACUUUCCUCUGGAAUAACUGUUUUCAGGGGAGCAGCUGAGCGAUUCUGCAAGCCCUGUGCAUCAACCAACUUAUGCAUCAACACAAACUGACUCUGAGGACGGUUUAGUCGGGGAAACGAGGCUAUUUCUCAUGGAUUCGGAGCGUGUGAAGUAUCAUGGGAUGGAAGUUUGAAACGGUUGAAUAGUAAAGUAGGACAGGAUGGAGAAACAAGGAGCGAGACGCGAAAAGUUUGGCCUGUUUGCGCCACAAGCACUGGGCAGGGCUGUCCACGCCGCAUCUGAAGGCCCGGGCCUCAGCAAGGCAGAGUUCAUGGAGAAGGUGCGGCAGAGCAAUGAGGCCUGCCAGCUGGGAGACUUCCAGACAGCCGUCAAGCUGUAUGGCGAAGCACUGCGCGCCGACCCGCAGAACUGCAUCCUGUACAGCAACCGCUCGGCCGCCCACCUCAAACUGGGCCAGUACCAGACCGCCCUGGACGACGCUGUCAAAGCCCGCCUGCUCAACCCUAAAUGGCCGAAGGCGUACUUCCGACAGGGUGUUGCCCUUCAGUACCUGGGCCGCCAUGCGGACGCCCUGGCCGCCUUCGCCUCGGGAUUGGCGCAGGAUCCCAAGAGCCUGCAGCUGCUGGUGGGAAUGGUGGAGGCCGCCAUGAAGUCCCCACUAAGAGAAUCACUAGAGCCGACCUACCAGCAGCUGCAGAAGAUGAAGCUGGACAAGAGCCCGUUUGUGGUGGUAUCUGUGAUUGGUCAAGAGCUUCUGACCGCCUCCCAUCAUGGGGCAUCAGUGGUGGUCCUGGAGGCGGCGCUGAAGAUCGGCACCUGCAGCCUCAAACUGCGCGGCUCAGUUUUCUCGGCCCUCAGCAGCGCUUACUGGUCAUUGGGCAACACCGAGAAAAGCACCGCAUACAUGCAGCAAGACUUAGAGGUGGCCAAAACUUUAGGCAGCAUCUUCAGCCCUCAGCAGCCUGGGUCACGUCUACACAGCCAUCGGGGACUAUCCCAACGCUCUGGCCAGUCACAAGCAGUGCGUCCUGCUGGCCAAACAGUCCAAAGACCAGCUGUCUGAGGCCCGCGAGCUGGGCAACAUGGGCGCAGUCUACAUCGCGAUGGGCGACUUUGACAACGCUGUGCAGUGCCACGAGCAGCACCUGAGCAUCGCCAAGAGCCUCGGCAACAAGCGCGAGGAGGCCCGAGCCUACAGCAACCUGGGUAGCGCUUACCACUACCGCCGCAACUUCGACAAGGCCAUGUCCUACCACACGCACGUGCUGGAGCUGGCGCAGGAGCUGGAGGAGAAGAGCAUCGAGAUGAGGGCGUACGCCGGCCUGGGACACGCUGCCCGCUGCAUGCAGGACCUGGAGAGAGCCAAGCAGUACCAUGAGCAGCAGCUGAGCAUCGCUGAAGGCCUGAAGGACAGAGCCGCCGAGGGCAGGGCUUCAUCUAACCUGGGAAUCAUUCACCAGAUGAAAGGGGACUAUGAGACUGCUCUGAAGCUGCACAAGGCUCAUCUAUCCAUUGCCCAGGAGCUAAACGACUACGCUGCCCAAGGCAGAGCCUACGGAAACAUGGGCAAUGCUUACAAUGCCCUCGGUGCUUUUGACCAGGCUGUGCGCUACCAUCGACAAGAGCUGCAGAUUUCCAUGGAGGUUAAUGAUCGUGCCUCACAGGCUUCAACGCAUGGGAACCUGGCUGUGGCAUACCAGGCUCUUGGUGCACACGAUCGAGCGUUGCAACAUUACCAGAAUCAUUUGAACAUUGCUCGAGAGUUGAGGGACAUCCAGAGUGAGGCUAGGGCUUUGGGUAACCUGGGUAACUUCCACUGCUCUCGAGGUGAGUUUCCCCAAGCUGUACCCUACUACGAACAGUACUUACGACUUUCGCCGGACUUGCAAGAUAUGGAGAGUGAAGGCAAGGUCUGUCACAACUUGGGAUAUGCACACUACUGUCUGGGCAACUUCCAGGAAGCGGUGAAGUACUACGAACAAGACCUGGCACUUGCCAAGGACCUCCAUGACAAGCUAAGUCAAGCCAAAGCCUACUGCAAUCUGGGCCUGGCCUUCAAGGCACUUGGUGACUACACCAAGGCGGAAGAGUGCCAGAAGUACCUUCUUUCCUUGGCGCAGUCGCUAAACAACUCGCAGGCUCGUUUCCGUGCCUUGGGCAACCUGGGAGAUAUCUUCCUUUGUAAGAAAGACAUUCCUGGCGCUGUUAAGUUUUACGAGCAGCAGUUAUCCUUGGCACAUAAGGUCAAGGACCGCAAGAUGGAGGCGAAUGCCUAUGCCGCAUUGGGAGCUGCCUACCGUAUGCUACAGAAGUUUGACAAAGCCUUAGGAUACCACACCCAGGAACUAGAGGUGUACCAGGAGCUGGGCGACAUCCAGGGAGAGUGCCAGGCUCACGGGCACCUUGCAGCUGUAUACAUGUCACUUGGGAAGUACACAAUGGCGUUCAAAUGCUACGAGGAACAGCUUGAGCUCGGCCAACGUCUGAAGGACCCCAGCGUUGAAGCCCAGGUCUAUGGUAACAUGGGCAUCACUAAAAUGAACAUGGGAGUAAUGGAGGAAGCUAUUGGAUACUUUGAGCAACAGUUGGCAAUGUUGCAGCAGCUCAGUGGCAAUGAGGCUGUUCUGGACCGUGGUCGGGCCUACGGGAACUUGGGAGACUGCUACGACUCGCUGGGUGAUUUCGAAGAGGCAAUAAAGUAUUAUGACCAGUAUCUCUCCGUGGCACAAAGCCUCAGCCAUAUGCAGGACCAGGAGAAGGCAUACAGAGGUCUGGGUAAUGGACACAGGGCGAUGGGGAACCUUCAGCAGUCUCUGGUGUGUUUUGAGAAGCGGUUAGUGGUGGCGCAUGAACUUGGAGAGUGUGGGGGAAAAGCUCAAGCUUACGGAGAACUGGGCAGCUUGCACAGCCAGCUGGGGAACUACGAGCAGGCCAUCUCAUGCCUGGAACGGCAGCUCGGCAUCGCCCGCGACACCCAAGAUCGAUUGCUGGAGGGUGACGCCAGCUGUGGCCUGGGCGCUGUUUAUCAGCUGAUGGGCGAACACGACACAGCUCUUCAGUUUCACCAACUGGAUCUCCAGAUCGCAGAAGAGACAGGCAACGCCAGCUGUCAAGGUCGGGCCUACGGUAAUCUCGGACUCACUUAUGAGUCUCUGGGAAAUUUCGAGCGAGCAGUGGUUUACCAGGAGCAGCAUCUGAGCAUCGCAGCACAGACCAAUGACCUGGUGGCCAAAACUCUGGCAUACAGCAGCCUGGGACGAACACAUCACGCUCUGCAGAACUACUCACAGUCCGUCAUGUACCUGCAGGAAGGUCUGCGUCUCGCCGAGCAGCUGGGUCGUCGGGAGGACGAGGCCAAAAUCCGACACCGUCUGGGUCUCUCGCUGUGGGCCAGUGGCAAUCUGGAGGAAUCCCAGCACCAGGUCACCAUGAUGAAGCUCUGGCUGUGGCGGAGCGUGGACGCACUCGGGCCUUUGCUGACCUGCUGGUGGAGAGACAGACGGGUCAGCAGGACUCAGACCCUUACACACCUGUGACGGUGGAGCACAUUCUGGACACUGUGAACGGGCAGCGGGCUCUGGUGCUCUACUUCUCCUUGGCGGCUGGAUAUCUGUACAGCUGGCUCCUGGCUCCGGGAUCCGGUAUCCUGAAGUUUCAUGAGGUGUAUCUGGGUGAGGGCUCAUCGGAGGUUGGAGCUUCAGACUUCCAGGAAGGCGGAGCCUGUACACCCGCGGCCAGCAGCUGUGGAGGCUCGUCGCUAGAGCAGCACAUCACUAAUGCGCGUGAAGCCCUGGGUGUGGACUCAUACUACAGCAGAGCGUGUUCCAGCAGCGAGACGGAGAGUGAAGCAGGCGACCUUCUGGACCAGCAGUUUGAAGAACUCAAUAAUAAACUCAACUCAGUGACGGACCCCACUGGCUUUCUGAGAAUGGUUUCCAGAAACAACCUCUUCAACAGGAGUUGUCAGAGCAUGACGAGUCUCUUCAGUAAUACAGUGUCUCCAGUGAAGGAGGGCACAUCGUCUCUGCCCCGUCGCACCAGUGCCCUCAGCAAACCUCCGCUACGAGCCCUUUAUGACCUGCUUAUCGCCCCAAUGGAGGGGGGUCUAAUGCAUUCCAGUGGUCCGGUGGGUCGACACAGGCAGCUGGUUCUGGUUCUGGAGGGCGAGUUGUAUCUAAUCCCAUUUGCUCUGCUGAAGGGAAGCUCAUCUAAUGAGUAUCUGUAUGAGCGCUUCAGUCUCAUCGCCGUACCGUCUAUCGGCAGUCUGGGGACCACAGCUAAAGUUCAUCCACGGCGGACUGGUCCUCUUCUGUGUAAUGGAGGAAGCUCCAUGGCUGCAGUGGUCGGAAACCCUCGUCUGCCACCAUCAGUGAUGGACCGCUGGCUGUGGGGUCCGAUGCCCACCGCUGAGGAGGAAGCUCAUAUGGUGGCUGAUCUUCUAGGCUGUCAGCCGUUGGCCGGUCCUGCUGCCACAAAGGAGCGGGUUAUGAGCGCUCUCACCCAAGCCGAGUGCGCCCAUUUCGCAACGCAUAUCUCCUGGAAACUGGCAGCCCUUGUCCUGACGCCCAGCCAGGACAGCAACUCUGGAUCCGGGGCAGCCGCUUCAGGUGGAGGAGCAGGAGGUGGAGAGAGUGGAGGAAAGUCAAACUACACCAUCCCGGAGAGUCUGCGCGUGCCGGACGACGCAAGCGACGCUGAAAGCAUCUGUGACAGCCCGCCGCUGCAAGAGUUUCUGCUCACCGCCGCAGAUAUCCUUGAUCUCAGGCUGCCCACUAAACUUGUUGUGCUGGGCUCGUACCAGGAGUCUGAUAGUAAAGUGACUGCGGAUGGAGUGGUUGGAUUGACGAGGGCUUUCCUGGCGGCCGGAGCUCAGUGUGUGCUGGUGUCUUUAUGGCCGGUUCCCGUUGCAGCCUCCAAGAUGUUUGUUCAUGCGUUCUACAGCGCUCUGCUUAAUGGGACCAAGGCCAGCGCAGCGCUCGCCGACGCUAUGAAGACUGUUCAGAGUAGCAAACAGUUCUCACACCCGUCCAACUGGGCAGGCUUUAUGCUGAUUGGGAGUGAUGUGAAACUGAACAGCCCGUCAUCUCUUAUUGGUCAGGCUCUGGCUGAGAUCCUGCAGCAUCCAGAGAAAGCCAGAGAUGCCCUGAGGGUUCUGCUACACCUGGUGGAGAAAUCUCUCCAGCGCAUUCAGAAUGGCCAGAGGAACUCCAUGUACACGUCUCAGCAGAGUGUAGAGAAUAAAGUGGGUGGCGUGCCCGGCUGGCAGGCUCUUCUGACAGCAGUGGGAUUCAGACUGGACUCGGCUGGAACGGGCCUCCCUGCGGCCGUCUUCUUCCCCACCACAGACCCCGGAGACCGACUGCAGCAAUGCAGCACCACCCUACAGUCACUGCUGGGUCUGCCCCCUCCUGCUCUGCAGGCAUUGUGUAAACUGAUCACGGCUUCAGAAACCGGAGAACAGCUGAUCAACCGGGCUGUUAAAAAUGUUGUGGGAAUGCUCCAUCAGGUUUUGGUGCAGUUGCAGUCUGGAGAGAAGGAGCAUGAUUUCUCUCUCGCACCUAUCCAAGUGUCCAUCAGCGUGCAGCUCUGGAGACUUCCUGGCUGUCACGAGUUCCUGGCUGCAUUGGGGUUUGACCUGUGUGAGGUCGGUCAGGAGGAGGUGGUGUUGAAGACGGGCAAACAGGCCAACCGUCGCACUAUGCACUUUGCCCUGCAGUCGCUGCUGGCACUGUUUGACUCUACUGAGCUUCCGAAGCGUCUAAGCCUGGAUAGUUCAUCGUCUCUGGAGUCUCUGGCCUCUGCACAGUCUGUGUGCCACCAGCUGCCAAUGGGCUACCCCAACCCGCCCUUUUCCCCUCCAUGCCCUGACAGCCUGGCUUCGGAUGCCAUCUCGGUGUACAGCCUGAGCUCCAUUGCCUCCUCCAUGAGCUUCCUAUCCCGUCCUGAGGGUGCGUCCGAGUUUAUCAGCCAACGCUCAAGGCAGCAGGAACUGGAGCGGCAUCGAGGGGGAGCUGGGCUGUUCGCAUCCCAUCGGCACACGGUAGUUCCUCGCAGCCGCUCAUCUCCACAUGGAGCCGUUGGAGGACAUGAGGAUGAAGAGUACGAAGGAUACAGUAUAAUCAGUAGCGAGCCACUAGGUAGCCAAUGUGACACACUCCCUCGUCCCGCAAACCACAGGAAUCAUCGAGGUGCUGCGCGUGGUGGGGCCGGUAGGGGUUAUGCUGUGUCCGUGUCCUCCAGGGGAAGUGUAAGCACCCCAACGUCUCCUGUCAAAGCCACCUUGGUUCCCAGUCCCAACUCGCCCUUCCAGAAGGUUGGGAAGGUGAGCAGCUCUGACACAGGGGAGUCUGAUCAGUCCAGCACAGAGACGGACAGCACUGUGAAAUCCCAAGAGGAACGCACGCCCGGAGCUCCUUUGGACCCACAAGAACUGGCGCAAAAGAUUCUGGAAGAAACGCAAAGCCACAUGCGAGCUGUUGAGACGUUGCAGAGAAGUGUGCCUCUGGGUGACGGGAUGAGUGGUGGAGGUCCCCCGACCCCAACAGGAGGGUCUGCUUUCCGAUCUUCAGAGACAAGUGCAUUCAGUCGUCCCAGUAGCAGGGCAAGCAUCAAGGCACAGUCGUCGCCCCUUCCAGCACGCCCCAAACCACCAUCCCGGACGUCCUCCCUCCAGAAGGUCAGCUCGGGAUACAACAGUCCUGCCACAUCCGAAACAUCUCUUAAAGAAGGCAGCCAACCUUCACCUACUUCUGACAGUCAUGCCCAGUUUAAACUCAAGUAUCCCAGCUCGCCCUACAGCGGCCACAUCUCCCGGUCACCUAGCAACAUCUCACCUAGCUCAGGUCACCAGUCGCCAGCUGGAAGCGCUCCUUCUCCAGCUCUGUCCUACUCCUCCACUGGCUCAACACGCUCUAGUCCAGCAGACGCUCCAGAUAUUGACCGAAUCAAACUGGCGGCAAUUGACGAGAAAGUCCAAGCGAUCCACAAUCUUAAGACCUUCUGGGCCAACGCAACCCAACAGCAGCACUCGGGACCAAUGCGGGCGCUACACGGCGGAAAACUGAGCACCGCCAAACGGGAUGUUCUUGGUCUUUUGAACCUCUCUCCCCGGCAUGGCAUGACAGGUCAGGAUUCCCCCAACCAGAAUGUGGCACUCGAGCACAGAAAUCCACCCAAUGGCCAUCGCAAGAUCGAUCCCAAGAGAGUUGCACCUUCUCCAACAGCUUCCACCAGAAGCAGUCCGGGUUUGCAACCUAUCCGACUGCCUACAGGGAACGGCUACAAGUUCUUAUCACCCGGACGGUUCUUCCCUUCAUCUAAAUGUUGAGAUUCUCUCUCCCCCAUGACUGGCUUCUCUUAAUAAAGGAAUAUUUGGAGUAUUUAUAACUCUUGAAAACAGUGAAAAGGACAGUCUGGGUUAGGAAGUACACAUUCCCAGAAGCCUCAAACUGCCUACUGUUUUAUUUUCUGUGCAGAGCAUAUAAUCGUUAUGCUUCCACCUACACUGUAAAGGACCAUUUAUAUACACAGACUGAUCUUAGACUUGCACAAGGCAUGUCAGACUUAAAAAAAAAAGAGAUUAUACCAAAAGGGUAUUUCAAGAAAAAAAGACAAAAAGGCUCGCUGUUUGUGUUAGUGAAGAUGAUGCGGCUUUGACUGGUUUAUUUCUUUUGAUUUUUAAUUUUUUUUUGGUUGGUUUUGUUUCAUUUUUAAAAUCUAAUUAUUGUUAUUGUUAUUAUUAUUAUUAUUAUUAUGGAUGGUAAUUGUUAUUACAGUUAUUUGUUUUGUAAAUUAAAACAAUGUUUUGCAAUCAGUAUUAUACGUUUUUAUAUUGUUAAAGAAGCAAACCAUGCACAAAAAAAAGUCGAAAAACAUUUUCAUAUUUUUAUUGAGAUGGUGACGACGCACCUGACCUGACUUCUAUGUGAAUUGAGUGUCAGUAUUACAGCAUGGGUUCUCUUGCUCUCCAGUGAUUCAUUGUCUUUUUAACAGAUUUUGCAUAUGUGGACUCUCAUCAUGACAUAUCUCAGUCAUUUCUCAGUAAAAUGGUCUCAAUAAAAAGUUUAAUUUAU